AUGGCUUCGAGCUCGGCCUCCGUCUCCGGCUCCGGCUCGCCGCCGCCGCCGCGCGCGGAUGGCAUCGCCAUCGCCGUCGAGAGGAGGCCGCCAGCGUCUCGCCUGACGGAGCUCGGCGUCGGGUCAUGGCCCAAGUGGGGUGGUGGACCUGGGAGGAUCGCGCUGAGCUACGACGCCCGGCAGACGUGCUACAUCGUGAGAGGGAAGGUGACGGCGGCGGCGGCGGCGGCGGAGGGCUCGCCGGAGACGGGGCGCGUCGAGUUCGGCGCCGGCGACCUCGUCGUCUUCCCCAGGGGCACACGGUGCACCUGGCACAUCGCCGUCGCCGUCGACAUGCACUACGCCUUCGACCCUUCCUGACAAGAAGAUUAGAGGAGCCAGGAAAAAAAAACUUGUCACUGCGUUGCGUACUUGCAUUCUGAAUUGCAAUACAUUUUACAUACAGAAUCUCUGUCAGAUAAAGAAAAGGAAACAUUUUUAGUACCACUGGUGCAGAGGCCGGAAGUUGUACUUUCCAUUAUAGAGAAAAAAAAAAGAGACAUUUUUACCUCUGUGGAGGUAGAACAACACAAGCAUCA